AUGUCGACCCUCACGAGCGCCGACAUGGGCGAACUCCGACGGCCCUCGACGCGCGUGCACGCGCCUCCUGGCGGCGGCAGCAGCUGGAGCUUCGGCGGCGAUGCGGCGCCUGCGCCAGCGAACCGUAGACACGUGUACCUGACGCAGACAGUCGCUCCCUCGAUAGACUCUGUUUCGCUACAGAAUCAGACGCAUAAUCAGACUCAGACUCAGACGCAGACGCAGACGGAGAGUGCAUCGACGGACUCUGUUGUUCAGGUGCGCAUUGCAGUGGUCAAGACCAGUCAAGACGCAGAGAUUGUGGACGGAGCCGUGCAGAAUUGCUUGGACCAGCUCCAGCGCGAGGCUGGGGCCGAGGCCGUGAGCUGCCAGACCUUUACGGUCGCAACGCUCGAGCUGCUGCCGUAUGCUGCCAACAAGUUGACUCGAUCGGGGGCUUUUGACGGCGUCAUUUGCUUUGGGUUUCUCAACACACAGGACCCGCUGUUCCUCGCGCUGAAUGCUGCGAGACUGCAGAGCCUCAUGCAGAUCAGUGUCGAGAACGUGCGGCCCAUUGUGCAAGCUGUGCUUGUAGGUGAGCCUCGUGUGGCGUCUGUGAAGGUGCGAGGAGGGUGGGGAGCCGAGUUUGCGCACGAGAUGGUACCGCUGAUCAACUUGGGCGGCUUUGUUGGACCCACGGUGCACACGGCAUCCGGUGCACUCGUGACAAAGCACUUUGAAGUCAGCCGUGGCAAUGUGCUGCCUGCAAAGCUCCUGCGUGGGUCACAGACGGUGCAGGACUCGCUGAAGAGUUUGAGGAACUCGCUGUAUCUCCAUGGAGCAAAGGGUGUGCGAGGACUGGGCCGUAAGUUCCGUAUCGUUGACGAUGAUGGCAACCGGUCAUUGUGUCUCGACGAGUUUCAGAAAGCCAUUCGCGAACAUGCGCUUGAGCUCAGUGAAAAGGAGGUGGAAGAGCUGUUUUGCUUCAUUGACGCCAACAAGUCGGGUGGCGUGGACUAUGACGAGUUUUUGCUGGCUGUGCGUGGUGAGCUGAACGACCGGCGCACGCAAUUGGUUCUUGCGGCGUUUGCGGUUCUCGAUCGUGACGGUAGCGGCGUUGUGGACUUGGAUGAUAUCAGAGGCAAGUACAGUGCGAAGGAGCAUCCGGACGUGCUCCAAGGUCGCAAGACAGAAGACGCAGUGCUGCUGGAGUUUCUCGACACAUUUGAUGGCGGCGAGAAAGACGGCAAGGUCCACCCGAGCGAGUUUGUGCGCUACUACGCCAACGUGAGCGCGUCCAUCGAUGACGACGACUACUUUGAGCUAGUGGUUCGCAACGCCUGGCACAUGAGCGGCGGUGAAGGAUGGUCGGCCAACACCACUUGUCGUCGUGUGCUUGUGAAACAUGCCGAUGGCACGCAUACGAUUGAGGAGGUGAAGAACGAUCUUGGCAUAGCUAUCGGUAACGUUGAGGCCGUCCGUGCUAACCUCCAGGCACAGGGCAUUGACGACAUCCAGUCCGUGAGCACAGCAGGCGACGUCCAGACGGAAAGCGACACGGCGAACAAACGCUCGAACGACAGUUUCCACCCGCAGAUUGCGCGCAAGAAACAGCACGGGGCUGGCGCGAGCUCCAUCAUUUUCGGCUGA